UCUUUCCACCCCGUGCGUGUUCCACGGAAUGGGUUAAAUUUACCAAACGUAUCCAUAACCUCCACGUGGUGUACCCUAACCCUAAUCCGGUGUGACCGAACGUUUUAGAAGAUCGUUCAAAAUCCAUGGUAAUUCAUGGAAUUAAUUAACCAUUUCACAUCACGCUGGAUAAAGAUACCAACUCAGUGCAAUUAAGCCAUCUAACAAUGAAGUCCUACUUUAUGUGUAUUGUGAUUUCCACACCUGUGCUUAUUAUGUAUUUACUUGGUACUGUCAAGUUUAUCUUCGAUCAUGAGGGUAACUCAUGCGAGAUGACCUACAUGUUUGAAUAUCCUGAAUAUGUGCAUAUUCCACUACAAAAAGAAAUCCAACAGCAGUAUCCAAGAUAUGGAUUAUACGUAUAUGGCGAAGGCUUCACUGUAUCGAGACUUCGAGCCAUGCACUUCUCUGGUAUUCCAGUAUUAUUCAUUCCUGGAAAUGCUGGUUCACAUCAUCAAGUGAGAUCCUUGGCAUCGAUUAGUUUGAGGAAAAGUCUUAAGGACCGGACUCCCUUCCAUUUUGACUUUUUCACGGUUGAUCUGCAAGGAGAAUAUUCUGCAUUAUAUGGUGGUGUCUUGAAAGAACAAAUUGAAUUUGUGUCUCAUUGCAUACGGAAAAUUCUAAAAUUUUAUGGAGGCAAGAUAGACAGCGUAAUAAUCAUCGGACAUUCGAUGGGGGGCAUUGUGGGCAAAGGGGUCCUGCUUGAUCCGAAUAUGAUCAGUCAAGUCAAUACAAUAAUUAUGUUGGCCACGCCCCAUGAAGCAGCAUUAGUGUUUGACACUUCUAUAGCGACGAUUUACCAAAAAUUACAAAGCUCCGGAGCACCUACUAAUAAGUCAGAAAUGUUGACUAUUUCUGUUGGAGGCGGGCCGCGUGAUGUAUUGGUUAAUAGCAAUCAAAUUAUCGAUCGGACAGCUGAUCUCAACGUCCUCACGACGCAUGUUCCUGGUGUUUGGAAAUCUACUGAUCAUGUAUCCAUACUUUGGUGCAAGGAAUUCCUUCUGGCCAUAAUACGUGCUCUAUUCGACUGUGUUGACAUGGUUGCAAGAUAUCCCAGAAUCAGUUCAAACAAGCAACACAGAUUAGAGGUCUUCAACUAUCACCUCUUACAGCGUUGUUGCGGUAAAAAGAUGGAUCAGUAUCAGGCCAAAGUACAAUUUCGACUUGGUGGUGAGUGGGUCGAAGAUAUUCGUCGACAGUACACAUGGAAAGCCGCAGACCGAAUCGGCUCUAAGAAUAUAUCGCAGCUUUAUUUAAUGAUCAGGUUGAUUGGUAUAGAAGAUCACUUAACCAUUCAGACAACUAGAUUGGAAGUCAAAGAUUGGUUGUUUAUCUGCUCUGCAUCUGCUAUACAAGGUCAUUCUAGAGUAUGUGAAUGGGGCUGGAAUUUGACGAACAAAAGUAGAAUAAUACCGGAUGGCACAUAUAAGAAAAAGACAGCAGACUUGGAUCUGGUGGAGCUAAAGACGCAACGCUUGACACACAUCGUCAUCAGAAUACCAUCCUCUAUUUUUCAUAAAGGGCUAUCCAUUGAUGUAGACCUUCAUCGAAAGAGUGACAGAAUAUUAAAAUUCCAAAAUCAACCUAUGGCGGCGUAUUGGGGUUUCGGAAAAUUAGGCACAAUAGAAUCUAACAUUGGAGAUGUUAGAUAUGAAGUGGAUCUGGCCAGCGAUACAGAUUCCGUGUUGCUUAAAGUAAUCAACGUCCAGUGCGAACAACAGAAUCAUCGCCAUCACGCAACAAUUGAGCUUCUCGAGCCAUGCUCUAAUGGUAUCAGUCAAGUUCGGCACUUUGCAUAUGAAAAUCUGAUGCCAAAGACACUAAAAGUGCAAACAAAAAAUGCGGUGGAUGGAGGCAAAGGUGUUGGCAAUGUACCUCUCAAGCUGAAAUUCACAUUAGAUCCAAAAUGUAGAUAUACUAUUGAAGUGUUCAGUGGUGGGUACAUAGAAACCCUAAGCACUGCAGUGAGAGAUCGUUGGCCAAAUCUUUAUGGGGUCAUGGCUGGAUUACUACUGCUUGCUUUAGCAACACAACUAGAUCACGAAGCAGGAUUGUUCAAAUCUACCAUCACCACUGUGGUCACGUUAGCUUUAUGCGUCGGUAUUGGCAUUGGUCCAGAAGGAUUUGUGUCCUUAGCUCUUCUACAGAUAUUUGCAGUCGUCAUUUGCUGCGCUGUUGUAAUAUUUGGAUCAACGGUGUACAACAUGGCUCAACGGUUUUUAACCCGCGCUCUGAAGUUUUCGCCGAUGUGGUCAGAAUGGUUGAUAGGAGCCUUAAAUCAAUUACCUCUGAUUGCUCCUACAAUAUUAUUGUCUAUGGUACCUGUCACGUGCGGAGCUUUAUCCAUGUUCAUUUUCGUUGGAUUACAAUUCCUCAAGCUCACAAGAAUAUAUGAAGAUUAUCUGGAAGAACUGUUAUUAGCCUCGCUGCGAUCUAAUUUCAUCAAUAGAUUUCGAGAUAAAACAAAGAAGCCGAGUAGUGGGGAGCAGAUUCAAGGUGACACUCAUACGGAUGGAAAGCAGAUUGUAUUUCAGUUGAUACUAUUUCUAACGUGGUGCAUCGCUGCCAUUCCUGCCAUACCUUCAGUCCUCACAUGGGCCAAGAAUUACAGAUUCAGUGUCAAAUUGAGCACAGAAGAUCCUCUCUUAAAGACUUGCUGGAUAAUUUUAGUUGGUUGUGGUUCGACGGGCAUCAAAUGGAUUCCUCCCAGCACACCUGAUUACUAUUCACAAGCAAUCGCGAUUAUAAUCCGAAUACUAGGAUGGACAGCGCUGGCAGUCACUGGAAUUGGCUAUCCCUCUCAAUACCAGUAUUUAAUGCCUCCGCUCAUUACAGUAGCCGUUGCUCUUAUUACCAUCCGUUCUUUAAUUAACAUUUCCAGCUGAGCGUAAUGACAAUUUUUAAAUAUUAUCUGACCGGGGAUCGAUCACGUAACUUCAAUUUGCCCAGAAUAAUUAUGAAAAUGAAACACUGGCGUAAUCACGUCAAAUUUUCAUUUGAUGAGAAUGAGGAAAAUAUUAGAUUCACGAAGUCAAAGUCGAGUCGUGUUGUGUAAACGUCAAAUACAAGAACUGACGUCUUUAUUUGAAUAUACGAAGCAAUAAAUUCUGAUUUACCCAAUACUCUGAAAAAAAAACUGGACAUUACACAAAAAUUUGAAGUCUGCUGGAUUCAUUUUUUGAAUCCCUAAAUGCAAAGUGAAAAUGAUAUCUUUGGCGACCAGCUGUAACUGUUUUUAUCUCAAUAAGUGGUGUGACGUGCAUUU